CAACCACGCGCAGCGCUGCAGGGGGCGGGGCCGUUCUGAUGUCUUGCACCGAAAUACGACGUGGAUUUGAAAAUAGAAAUAAAUGCAAAAAAAUUAGAGAUGAAAUUUAACAUUUGUUGAAACGCAACUGUUAUUUUUUUUAUAGCGCAAAAAAGAGUAUUUGAGGUCUUAUCUGCUGACCGCACGGCUCCACUUUCAAAAGCACCAUGGGAAACACAAGCAGCGAGAGGUCAGGAGUGGGGCACGGCGAGAAGGCCAACCGCAGGGACAGCCGCGGUGCCAAAGAGGGGGAGCGGCCCAAAAUCCUCAUGGACAGCCCUGAGGACGCAGAUAUUUUUCAUGGGGAGGAUCUCAAGGCUCCCUUGGAGAAGGAGGAGUUUUUAGCCUGGAGGCAGGACCUCGAGUCUGGUGAUAAGGAGCUCUUGGCACGACCCACAGUGUUUCGCUGGACAGGUGCAGGAAAAGAGGUCUAUCUCUCUGGAUCCUUCGACAACUGGGCAAACAAGAUCCCUCUAACCAGGAGCCAGAACAAUUUUGUCACCAUCGUGGACUUACCCGAAGGUGAACACCAGUAUAAGUUCUACGUCGACGGACUGUGGACGCACGACCCGUCCGAGCCUGUAGUGACCAAUCAGCUGGGUACGAUCAACAACAUCAUCCAGGUGAAGAAAACCGACUUCGAGGUGUUCGAUGCGCUCAUGGUGGAUUCGCAGAAAUGCUCGGACAUGUCAGACACAUGGAUUCAAAGCCUGGAAAAUACUUCAAAACAAAUCUCUCAAGUUCUCCUCCUGGACCAUACCAUCAGGAUGCCUACGUCCCCAAACAGGAUGAAAAGUUCAAGUCUCCACCCAUCCUCCCUCCUCACUUGCUGCAGGUCAUCCUCAACAAGGACACGGGCAUCUCCUGUGACCCUGCAUUACUUCCCGAGCCCAAUCAUGUGAUGCUGAACCACCUCUAUGCCCUGUCCAUUAAGGAUGGAGUCAUGGUUCUUAGCGCCACACAUCGCUAUAAGAAGAAGUACGUCACCACCCUGCUCUAUAAACCCAUCUGACACCGGCAGCAACCUUCUUUUUGCUCAACAACACCAGUCCACUCCACUACUGAGAACUAGUGUCCAGUGAAGGCGUCUUAUCCUGUCUAUAUAUAUAUAUAUAUAUAUAUAUAUAUAUAUAUAUAUAUAUAUAUAUAUAUAUAUAUAUAUAUAUAUAUACACACACAAUUUAUGGCACUGGUUGCCAAAUCUAACCAUUAUAAACUAGACCAGUAACGUAGACAGAUGGCGUGGAGGAGACCAAAAAUAUACCUAGAUUUAGAUCUUUAAGGUUCUAUCAUAAAGAAAGGAUGAAACACUCGGGCGUGUGCUGUUACAUUUUGAAAUGUUUUAUUCCGUUUAUUUUUUUAUGUAUUAAGAAGUUUGUUUUUGGUUGUUUUUUUUUUUUUAACCCGUUAAUAGUUACAUCAUGGUAUUGAACGUGUCGUCGAAAAAGCGACAAACUCUUGACCUCUCGCUGACACUGGAAACCGCUUUCAGAAAUGAGCGACUUUCACAUCGAUGACUUGAAAAUUUUUUUCCCCGACGGGCACCAAGUCAUGCAAUUAUAAACCUGUGACCUGCAACCUCCACGAGUGUCCGAACUGCCGUUCUAGAAAACGUAAAAACGCCUCCUGACUAAUCCAGAAUUCAGGAUGCGGAGUUACGUUUUAAAAUAGCAGUACGAGAUGACGGAGACUGAAUCGGAGCUCAGGGUGAGGUAUAUAUUUGUUGAAAGUGCAAAAUGUGGAAACAAAAAGGGAACAUCGAGAUUAUGAAACGUGAGACUUGUUACUUUUUUAACAUAGCGAUCAUUUUACAGAGUUUAUGAUUUUAAAACUGGUUGUGCUCGUCGAAGAAACGGACCAAUUUGUGUAUAAUUUUUUGUUCAUUUACUUUCAUAUAGUCAAAGCAUUUUGUCAUGAUUUAUUCAGUAUUUUUUGUAUCUUCUCUGACUAAUCAUCAGCAUCUAGAUUUGUGUUUUUUUUUUUUUUGUACAGCAUGAUCGUGUCUAAAAUGUAACGUACGCUCUCAAAGGAAGAGAAUCAAAAACCUGACUGUCAAUAAACCUUUUUAUUUAAACCCCA